CGCUCUUCAUGGUAAAGCAGGAGCUCUGUUCUCUCUGUUCUGUUCAACUUUCGGUCCGAUCAUUGACGCGCUCCCACCGCACCUGCGCUCCUGUGCGCCGCAGCGGCAGAGCGCGGCGCGCGGCGCAGCAGCGACCUGUCUCUUUAAGUUGGUGUCAAAGCCGAUUACCGCUGAUCUCCGUCGUGAUUCUGUUUUCACCGUCUGUUCCCUCAGUCUAUUUUUGUUUGCGUCGCUGACGGUGAGGUUCGCUUUUCCCACACAUGAAUUUACUAGUUGUUGUUUUUUUCAUAUUUUUUAGUGUGCCGACAGAAAAGCUCCAAAGUUUCCAGCAUGCAGACGCGCUGAAGUGAGGUUCAACCUGCCAGAAAAGACCCGCAUCAGAGCCCCGGUCUGGAAGCUACUGAGGCUGAUGCGCGCUGCGCCGCGGACGCUCCAACUUUUUAUACCAUGGUAAGCCUGGAUUACCUUUUCCUGCAGACGGAGAUAUUAACCGCGUUCUCUUUGACGUCUAAAAAUAACGGCGGUGGCCGCGCAUCGGGUGCUGCGGUGUGAUGUGACGCCCCGGGUCGCUGUUUGAAGUUGGCACCGAAAUAAACGCUGAACUCCGUGUGUGCAUAAAAUGCAGAAGAGCGUGCGGUACAAUGAGGGCCACGCUCUGUAUCUGUCGGUGGUGGCGCGUAAAGAGGGGAGCAAACGCGGCUUCUUGAGCAAGAAGACCACAGAGAACAGCCGCUGGACGGAGAAGUACUUCGCCCUCCACCAGAACGUGCUCUUCUACUUCGAGAACGACCAGAGCGCGAGACCCUCUGGUAUCUACCUGCUGGAAGGAUGUACGUGCGAGCGGGCACCGGCACCCAAAGUGUCCGGAAUCAGCAAGGAGCCCCUGGAGAAGCAGCAGCACUACUUCUUGGUCAUUUUUGGCCACGAUGGACAGAAACCUUUGGAGCUGCGGACAGAAGAAGAGUCAGACUGCAACGAGUGGGUGGAGUGCAUCCAGCAGGCCAGCUACUCUGACAUCAUCAUCGAGCGUGAGAUCCUGAUGCAGAAGUAUAUCCACCUGGUCCAGAUCAUGGAGACUGAGAAGAUUGCAGCCAAUCAGCUUCGCACUCAGCUGGAGGACCAGGACACAGAGAUCGAGAGGCUUAAAGCUGAGAUCGUAGUGCUGAAUAAAUCCAAGGAGAGGAUGAGGCCUAACCAGAACAACCAAGAGGAGGAAGAUCCAGAUAUUAAAAAGAUUAAAAAGGUGCAGAGUUUCAUGCGUGGCUGGCUUUGCCGGAGGAAGUGGAAGAUCAUUGUCCAAGACUACAUCUGCUCUCCUCACGCCGAGAGCAUGAGGAAGAGGAACCAGAUUGUGUUCAACAUGGUGGAGGCUGAGACAGAGUACGUCCACCAGCUCUCUAUCCUGGUCAACUGUUUCCUCCGGCCGCUCCGCAUGGCAGCCAGCUCCAAGAAGCCUCCAAUCAGCCAUGAUGACGUCAGUAGCAUCUUCCUCAACAGUGAGACCAUCAUGUUUCUGCAUGAGAUCUUCCACCAAGGUCUAAAGGCUCGGAUCGCUAACUGGCCCACUCUGGUUCUGGCGGACCUGUUUGACAUCCUGCUGCCCAUGUUGAACAUCUACCAGGAGUUUGUGCGAAACCACCAGUACAGUCUGCAGGUGCUGGCAAACUGUAAGCAGAACAGAGACUUCGACAAACUACUCAAACAGUACGAGUCCAACGCUGCUUGUGAAGGCCGCAUGUUGGAGACAUUCCUCACUUAUCCCAUGUUCCAGAUCCCACGAUACAUCAUAACUCUCCACGAGCUGCUGGCGCACACACCUCAUGAACAUGUGGAGCGCAAGAGCCUGGAGUUUGCCAAAUCCAAACUGGAGGAGCUGUCAAAGAUGAUGCACGAUGAAGUGAGUGACACAGAGAACAUUAGGAAGAACCUGGCCAUUGAGCGGAUGAUCGUGGAGGGCUGUGACAUCCUUUUAGACACAAGUCAGACCUUUGUCAGACAAGGCUCUCUCAUCCAGCUGCCGUCCAGCAGUGAACGGGGCAUGCUCAGUAAGGUCCGCCUGGGCUCCCUGUCCCUGAGGAAGGAAGGCGAGCGGCAGUGUUUCUUGUUUACCAAGCACUUCCUCAUCUGUACACGAACAUCUGGAGGGAAGCUUCACUUACUCAAGCAGGGAGGAACACUGUCUCUAAUAGAGUGCACUCUGAUUGAGGAACUAGAUGCCAAUGAUGAAGACUACAAUGCAGCAGGUCAAGGCUUCAACCAUCUGGAGUUUAAAAUUGUGGUGGAGCCUCCUGAUGGUCAGAGCUUCUCCGUCGUCCUCUUGGCUCCGUCUCGUCAGGAGAAAGCUGCCUGGACCAGCGACAUCAGCCAGUGCAUCGAUAACAUUCGGUGUAAUGGCCUGAUGACCAGCGUGUUUGAGGAGAACUCCAAAGUUUCUGUCCCGCACAUGAUCAAGUCUGAUGCCAGGCUGCAUAAGGACGACGUCGACAUUUGCUUUAGCAAGACGCUCAAUUCCUGCAAGGUCCCUCAGAUCCGAUACGCCAGUGUGGAGCGCCUGCUGGAGCGUCUGACCGACCUGCGUUUCCUCUCCAUAGAUUUCCUCAACACCUUCCUCCACACCUACAGGAUCUUCACCACAGCAGCCGUGGUCAUUGACAAGCUGGCUGACAUCUACAAGAAGCCGUUCACCUCCAUACCGGUCAGGAUCGAGCAGCAUUCAUGUGACCGUCUGUCCAUCAUGUCCCUCUGUCCUGACUACAGUCUGAAGAUCACACAGCUUGCACUGGACCAGUCCAAGUCUCUGGAACUCUUCUUCGCCACCAACCAGGGCGUGUGGGGAACCGACCCGUUGAACAACAAAUCACCAAGGCUGUGUCGCAAGUUCUCUUCCCCACCUCCACUCUCCAUCCCCCCUCGCACCUCCUCCCCCGUCCACUGCCGCAAGCUCUCCCUCAGCUCGCCGAUCGGUAUGAAAGCAGGAGCUUUGGACCUCUCCACCACCCCCUCCUCCUCAGCAGCCAACUCCCCCACCUCCAGCCACAGCCCCUCCAUCUCCUCUCCUCCUCCCGGCUUAACCAGACCCCCCUCGGGCUUCUCCUCACCUCCGCCCACUGCCACACGCUCUCCCACCCUCCCCCAAGCCUCUGGGGUCUCCUCGCCGCCCCCCAUCUCCACCAAGGCCCCGCUGGACCUGAGCCGUGGUCCCAGCUCUCCAGAGCUGAGUCCAGCUGCAGGGGAGGACGUCAGCGGAGAGCUGCCUCGCAUCGACGCCUUCUGUGGGAAGCUGAGGCGCAGCAUCCGCAGGGCUGUCCUGGAGUCAGUAUCACUGGACAAGUUUAUUCCUGAAUCACCAGCCAGCAGCGAGCCGGGCGACAUGUCUCCCUGCCGCUCUCCUUCCACGCCGAGGCAUCUCCGCUACCGACAGUCAGGAGUCACAUCAGGGGAGAACGCUCGCUGCACCAUGUCACCAGCUUCAGCAUUCGCAAUCGCCACUGCUGCUGCUGGGCACAGCAGCUCCCAGGGCUUUAGUAAUUCAGAGAAAGCCUGUGACAAAGAAUUCAUCAUUCGCAGAGCUGCAACCAACAGAGUUCUGAAUGUACUGCGACACUGGGUUUCCAAACACUCCCAGGACUUUGACAUGAACAGUGAGCUGAAGAUGGGGGUGAUCAGCCUGCUGGAGGAGGUGCUGCGAGACCCAGAUCUGCUGCCACAAGAGAGGAAAGCAACGACAAACAUACUAAGUGCCCUUUCUCAAGAGGAACAAGACGACACUCAGCUGAGGAUAGAGGACAUUUUACAGAUGGCAGAGAGUCCAAAGGCAGAGUGUUUCGAGUCGCUCUCGGCGAUGGAGCUGGCAGAACAGAUCACACUGCUGGAUCACAUCGUGUUCAGAAGUAUUCCCUAUGAGGAGUUUCUGGGUCAGGGCUGGAUGAAGGUCGACAAAACUGAGAGGACUCCAUACAUCAUGAAGACCAGCCAGCACUUUAACGAUAUGAGUAACCUGGUGGCGUCUCAGAUCAUGACCCACACGGAUGUAGGCUCCAGGGCCAGCUCCAUAGAGAAGUGGCUGGCAGUGGCUGACAUCUGCCGCUGUCUCAACAACUACAACGGUGUUCUGGAGAUCACCUCCGCCCUCAACCGCAGUGCCAUCUACCGGCUGAAGAAGACCUGGGCCAAAGUCUGCAAACAGACAAAAGCGCUGAUGGACAGGCUGCAGAAGACAGUGUCAUCAGAGGGGAGGUUCAAGAAUCUCAGAGAGACACUAAAAAACUGUAAUCCUCCAUGUGUCCCGUACCUGGGCAUGUACCUCACUGACCUGGCCUUCAUCGAGGAGGGGACGCCCAACUUCACUGAGGAGGGCCUGGUCAACUUCUCCAAGAUGAGGAUGAUUUCUCACAUCAUCCGAGAGAUCCGUCAGUUUCAGCAAGCACCUUACAGGAUAGAGCACCAACCCAAAGUGACUCAGUUCCUGCUGGAUAAAACCCUGGUGAUGGACGAAGAUACUCUCUAUGAGCUCUCACUCAAAAUUGAACCCCGAGUUCCACCUGGAUAGUUCUAACUUUAUUUCAUGCACAAACACAUCACACACACACACUUAUACACACAUGUAUAUACAUGUUUUUACAAUACUAACACAACAAAGCUUCAUUUUUCAUAAAGCAGUCAUUGUUCUUAGGAAACUCAGGAGAAAAUGUGCCUUGUUGAAUGAAUAUCUGAAGUGUAUAAUUAAUGAACAGACUGUAUAAGAUGCGACUCUUUGCCAUACAAUCGAACAGAAAUGACUGUAGUACCAUCCUGUUAGCUAAUGAUCCAGUUGCUGCUAUCACACUGUAUAUGACAAACAAUCUGCCUCUGUAGUCUUGCACAUAAACACUGUCAGAUCAGUUUUACAUUAUUUCUAUGAUCAUGGCUGAAUGAACCUGCUCUGGGCCUCUGCUGACCCCAGUUUCACCUGCUCUCUGUGCACUGUGUACAAAUACAAAGCCACAGGGUUGCUGUGUGGGAGUUUGCAGGUUAAUUUAGGAUCUAAAUGGGUUGUAUACCCAGAGAAAAUGAGAAUAAAAUGGAGACAAGCAGAAGAAUUGUUUGUGUAACCAUUGUGAAAUUUGAUGCUUCUUAUAAAUAGAUUAUAGAAAAAUAUUAAAAAAAAAUAUUAAAGGUAAAAUUUCAAAGUCAGAUUCUGGUAUUCAGUUCUGACUAAAUAAAAAGUUGUUUUUUUUCUGGAAUUAAGGAAUGCACAAACCAAAUGAAAUAUACAAUACUGUUCAAAAAAUUUGAGGUCACUUAGAAAUGUCCUUAUUUUAGAAAGAAAGGCAGAUUUUUUUUUUUUUUUUUGGAUGAAACAGAAAUCCAGUCUAGACAUUGUUAAUGUGGUAAAUGACUAUUCUAGCUGGAAACGGCUGAUUUUUAAUGAAAUAUCUACA